AAGCAGAAAAAAGUUAUGUUAACAGUGGAAAAGGCCCAAGAUCAACAUUAUGUGCUUGUAUUAUGGGGUCCUGGAGCAGCCUGGUACCCUCAACUUCAAAGGAAAAAAGGAGUGAUUCUAAGUAAAGCCCAGAUUUCAGAGCUGGCAUUUCCUCAGAAGAUAGCUCUAAAUGCUCACAGUUCUCUGAAGAGUAUUUUCUCUUCUCUUCCCAACAUCGUAUAUACUGGCUGUGCAAAAUGUGGAUUGGAACUAGAAAUAGAUGAGAACAGGAUCUGUAAACAGUGUUUUAGCUGCUUGCCAUUUACUGUGAAGAAAAUAUACUAUAGGCCAGCCUUAAUGACUGUAGUUGAUGGAAGACAUGAUGUUUGCAUCCAUGUAGAAUCAAAGCUAAUAGAGAAAAUUCUUCUCAACAUUUCUGCAGACUGCCUCAACAGAGCGAUAGUUCCUUCCUCAGAGAUCACCUAUGGGAUGGUCGUGGCAGACCUGGGCUUCCUAUCUCACCCGUUCCACUCCUUGUUGGCAGUCAGCGCAGAACCUUGUGUAUUGAAGAUUCAGAGCCUUUUUGUGUCAGAUGAAAACAGCUAUCCAUUACAACAAGAUUUCUCCCUCCUGGAUUUUUAUCUUGACAUUGUAAAGCAGGGAGCCGAUGCCCUUCUCUGA